AUGCAUAAUGAGCCCGCCCUACAGACGCCCAGGGAGAAGCCACUCCCGACGACCGCCAACGGCACUGGUGCCAUACCAACACCGGAAAACACAAACCGAACGCCGCUGCAUGAGGCGGCUUCCACCGGGGACGAGGCGAAGGUGGAAACCCUCCUGGCCGCUGGUGCCGAUCGGAACGCCAAGGAGUCGGUACACGGUAAUACGCCCCUUCACGAGGCUUCCUGGAAGGGAUACAGCCGCUGCGUGAAGCUGCUCUGCGCCCUGCCGAAACCGGCCAAGCCUGGCGUCGGUGGCGCUUCCGGUGCCAAAGGACUCGAGCUGCUAAAGGAUGCUGCGCCAUCGUCGUCGACGAAGAUCAAGCACGCGGCGCUGCACGACACGAAGGGGGCACUGCACAGCGCGCUGCUCGGCACUCGGAACUUCGGUGGGUUCUCCGCGCUCCAUCUGGCCGCCCAGAAUGGCCACAACCAGAGCUGCCGGGAGAUUCUGCUGGCCGGCGGCGAUCCCGACGUGCAGAACAACUACGGCGACAGUCCGCUGCACACCGCGUGCCGUUACGGGCACGCCGGGGCCAUCCGGAUCCUGCUCUCCGCCAAGUGUGACUUCGAGCGGAUCAACCUGAACGGGGACACGGCGCUGCACAUCGCGUGCGCCAUGGGCCGCCGCAAGCUGACGCGCAUCCUGCUCGAGUCGGGCUGUCGGCAGGACACGAAGAACGCUCAGGACGAAACGGCGCGGGACAUUGCGCAGCGCAAGAAUCUGGUCGAAAUCAUCAACAUCCUCAACUCACCUCCACCGCCACCGGCACCGGCACCCGCUGCACCAAACACCGAUCUGUCCCCGCGGAGAUCGCGCGAACGAUCGAGCAGCAGUUCGCACCGGAAGGCGCCGGAUUGUCCCGACGGGCGGUCGUCGCGCCCCAGCAAGCCGGCGCCGGGCGGCACGGGCGAGGAAGGACCAGCGCACCGUAAAUCGGGCCGCCGUCGGAGCAACUCAAACGAUGACGCGAAGGGUGGCGGGGCGGGGGCCGAGGUCGACCCGAAGCACUGGUCCCCGUACGGGUGCCACUACUUUCCCGAUCCGCGCAACUUUCCCUCGCCGAAGUUGGAGACCCUGCCGAAGGAACCGCUCGGGAAUGGCGAGCAGUACUUCCUCGAUCUGGCCGGCAACAUCCGGAAGGGGCCGGUCGGCGUCGGGAACACGUGCUACUGUGCGCCGUUCUUCAAGCACCUGGAGGCGCGCAUGAACCAGAACCGGCGCAGCAUCCGGAAGUACGUGCACCGGGCGACGGAGAAGCUGGACAGCCGGAUGACGGCGCUGGCGAUGCGGACCGACGACCAGAUCGAGGAGCUGACCAAGUCGAUGAUCGCGAGCCGGGUGCAGUGCGAGAACAAGCGGCUGCACCUGGAGCAGUGGCUGAAGCGGGGCAUAGCCGAACGAUCGACGACCACCACUUCCGGUGGCGGCGGCGGCGGCGGCGGUGGCGGAGGGCAUCCGUUGCAGCACACCAACAGCAAGACCAAAAAGGACGAAGCCAACACCAACACGCUGACGCGCUGCCGGAGCCUCGAGCUGCUGGACGAUCACGAGGAUACUCACCACCAUACUCUGCAGGCGCAGCAGUCCACCCCGGUCACUGGGGCCGUCAGCACCCACCCCACCAAGCAGUUGUUCAGCUCCCGGUCGAUCGAUUUCCUCGAUGCCACGGGCUCGACGAUCGACGAAGAGGCUCACCUGCGGCUGCUCCAGUACGGAUCGGCUACCGGCCACCAGUCGGAUGCGUUCGGUGGCAGUUCUCAGCACUCCAACAUGAAGAAUCACUCGGAUGCGGCCUCCGAAACACCGCCUCUGCCACCGCUGGGCCGUCGGAACCGCUCCUCGUCCAUCUGCUACUCCUCCGACAAGGACAACGAUCGGGAGAAACCGCCACAGCCACUGCCACAGCCGACCACAUCCGGGCAGCAGGGCAAGAGCGAAAAGGCCAAGGUCACCGAGCGGCUCGAGGAGCUGCUGAGCAAAACGAAGCGCAUCCUCGAACUGGAGAAGCUCACCAAAGCCACGGGCCCCGGAUCGCCACCGGUGGCCAGCGCCCGCUCGGACAAUCGCUACAUCCUGGCGCUGGACAAACUGCGUGACAUCCACCACUACGAGCCACCGCUGGCCGGGACGCUGGCUGGCGGCCGAGGACACUCACCGGGGGCCGCCGGGUACGACAUUGCGCAGGAGAUGGAGAAGAUCACCAAAUCGUUGCUUCCGGCGACGGCACUGGACGCGGCGACGGCUCCCGUUUCGCCCGAGAUCGCCAAGGACAUUACGACGCGCAAGGAGCGUCCGACGGCCGUGUACGGGCUCGCGCUGGCGUACGGCCAACCGAAGCCCAGGGGCUCCCCGGUGUGUGCCACCUCGCAACCCGGCUCGCAACCGUUCGUGAUCGACGAAGAGGAGAGCCACCUGGGGAGGACCAACUUCGGUCACGGCGAGUCGUCGGGCGGAGGAGUGGUGGUCAAUGGGUUCUACUCCAACAGCUGCUUCGCCGACGAAACGCUGCCCAGUUCCUCCUGCAACACGACGAUCAAGCGGAACCCCGGAACGGAUCCGGAGGAGGAAGACAGCCCGGACGCGGGGGAGGAGGAGGAGGAGCAGGAUUCGGAUCGCGGUGACGACAGUGACGACGAUCCGCGGGACUCGGAGUCGGAUCGGGCCGACCUGUCGGCGAUGGCGAACCUGGCCGAGCUGAAGGAACUCAAGAGCCGCAUCCUGAACGGGACGAACUGGCGCAGCCAGGUGCUGCAGAAGAGCGUCCAGGAGCUGCUGCUGCGCGAGGGCCACGAAGACCGGACGCGGGAUGAACCGGCGAUGGGUGGCGAUCAGGUGUCUGGUGAUGAUCCGACGACGGACACGAACCGGGUGAGGUACAUCAUUUCGAAGCUCCAGCAAAGCGUAGCCGGUGGCCACUCGAACGCGCCACCGUUGGCGCAGUGCGAGGACUUCUCGGAUAGCAGCGAGGACGAGGACGAAGACGAACACGGUAACGGUGAAGAGGACGAUGACGAGGACUGUGUCGAUGGUCCGCUGCCGGUUGGCAGACAUCCCUCCGACGGGGCACCACUUCCAAUCGUGGAGAUCGGGAUCGGAACGGCCAAAAGUUUGAUCCAAAUGUACGAGCAAUCGUCAUCGUCGUCCAUCGGGACGGGACCACCCUCCAAAGCACUGCCAACCAUCCAGGGUAUCCCGAAGGAUGCGUACUUUCACGAUCUCCCCCGGAAACCGGUGCUAGGGGCCAGCGAUCGGGACGGGGACAUUCCACCGCCGAUGGCACUGGCAUCCCGCAGCCGCAACCCGUUGCCGUCCUAUCUGCUGCAGGAGGCCGAACUCUUCCAGCAGCAGCAGCAGCAACCGGGAACUUACCGAGCGACCAGCAUGCUGAACGGUAACGAAGGGUUCCUGCACCAUCCGGCGCCGCCGGCACCGUCCCAACGGCACAACCACCAUCACCACCAUCAUCAUCCGCAUCAGAGCUACCCCCCGGUGGCCGCGCAAUCACCACCGGAAUCGGAACGAUUGCUCUCGACCCGGAAGUACAUCAAUCCGGCGGCCACGCACCAUCAGCAACGGUCUCUCUCCAGCACCGCCACUCCGUCGCCCGAGUUUCCGCUCCAUCACCAGCAGCCGCAGCAGGCGCAACCGCAACACUCGGCGCUGGGCACGGCCACGGGCGUGGGCACCGUCAUCGCGGGCCAUUCGCACGCCAUGAUGACGAUGAUGGCGGCGGCAGCGGCCGCCGCCGCUUCUCGCAGCAAAUCGGCCGACAACCUGUCCAACGAUGACUCGGGCUACGUCAGCGGAAAGGUGAGCGAGAUCCACGUUCCGAGCGGUGGCGCCAGCCCUCUGCUGUCACUCCCGGCCGGGCUGGCCAAUGGUGCGGCGGGCGGCAACGUGCUGAUCAUUCCACCGCCCGCCUCAGCCUCGCCGCGUCACUUCCUGCCAUCGUAUCCGCACCACCAUCACCACCAUCAUCACCUGGGGGGCAUGGCGGGUAAUGGCGGUGGCAGCGUCGUGACGUCCAUCGUCCCCCCGCCGGCACCGCUGGGGAGUGGGCCACCCGCCCCGAUGACGUCGGCCGCCGCACACGCUGCCGUCGAGCAGAAGCAACAGUCGCUCUACAAACUCGGUGCUUCGAGUUUGGUUUAA